AUGCCACCACAAAAGAGGGUUAAAGAUCCAAAAGAAAAGGAGAAGAAGAAAUAUGAAAGACUCCAAGAACAAGUCACAGCACCACAAGAUAGUGCUUUCAGAUUCGCUGUUUUGUUCGGUUGUGCUUUAGUUGCUUUCAUUGUUUUACUAGGCUUGGUAUUCACAUUCAGCGGUGAACGUAAAUAUAAGAAGACUGAAGAAGGUCUUCCAUAUCCAGCUAACGUUGAAGUUACCGAUAAAGUUUUCUUUGAUAUUGCUGUUGGUAAGCCAUCAAAGAGAAAUCCACCUAUUCGUAUCGUUCUUGGAUUGUUCGGUAAUGAACAACCAAAGACUGUUGAAAACUUCCGUUCAUUAGUUACUCAUGAAAGACAAAUUGGAUACAGAGGUUCACUCUUGCACAGAAUUGUUCGUGGAUUUGUUCUUCAAGGUGGUGAUAUCACUAAAGGUGAUGGUACUGGUGGUGUUUCAAUUUAUGGACAAAGCUUUGAUGAUGAAAAUUUGAGUAUUGAAACCUUCAAGGGUUGUCUUGCUAUGGCCAACAAGGGUCCAAACUCUAACAAUUCUCAAUUCUUUAUUACUAUGGCUUCUACUCCUCAUCUUGAUGGUAAGCACACUGUUUUCGGACGUGUUUUGAGAGGAUGGGAAUUUUUACAAAGAUUGGAACUUAUUAGAGUCAAUGAACAAUACAAACCAGCUGUUGAUAUCAUGAUUGUCAACAGUGGUAUCUAUAAGGAAGAAGAACAAGCUCCUCAACCACAAGAAUAA